GAAGAGGGAGAGAGGAGACGUUAAAGAGUCCGUUCAGCCAAAGCGAUAGCUGCGACAUUAGCUUCAGGGAUGUAGUCGAGGAGGGGAGAGCUCUGCUUACCCGAGCUCGUCAAAAUGAAGAAACAUUCAGCCAGGGUAGCCCCGCUGUCCGCCUGCAACAGCCCAGUGCUCACCUUAACCAAAGUGGAAGGAGAGGACCGGCCCCGGGAGAAUGUGGUGGGGACAGCAGAUGGCCAGCCCACGGCAGGCGGGGCGGGGGCGGAGUCAGGGGGAGGGAGGCGGAGACUGCGCUGCUGCCUGAGGAUCACAGCCGUUCAGGUGCGCAAGGCCCUGUGGGGCGUGGCCAUGGUGAUGUGCGUGUGCUCGUCCUGGGCUGGCUCCACCCAGCUGGCCAAGGUCACUUUCAAGCAGUUCGAUGCCCCCUUCACCCUCACUUGGUUCGCCACCACCUGGAACUGCCUCUUCUUCCCCCUCUACUACAUUGGACACCUGUGCAAGAGUCCUGAGAGACAAACGCCCAGGCAGAGGUUCAGGGAGUGCUGCAGGUUCUUUGGAGACGACGGCCUAACGGCGAAGGUGUUCUUCACCAAGGUGGCCCCGUUCGGCCUGCUAUGGACGCUGACCAACUACCUGUACCUGCAGGCGCUCCGCAAGAUCAACAGCACUGACGUGUCAGCCCUCUUCUGCUGCAACAAGGCUUUCGUCUUCCUGCUGUCCUGGAUCGUGCUGCGGGACCGCUUCAUGGGCGUCCGGAUUGUGGCGGCCAUCUUGGCCAUCGCUGGCAUCGUGAUGAUGACAUACGCAGAUGGGUUCCACAGUCACUCGGUCAUUGGCAUCACACUAGUGGUGGCUUCCGCAUCGACUUCUGCACUGUACAAGGUGCUUUUCAAGCUGGUCCUGGGUAGCGCCAAGUUCGGCGAGGCAGCGCUGUUUCUGACCAUCGUUGGGGGCGCCAACUUUGUCUUCAUCAGCUUCGUUCCGGUCAUCCUCUACUUCACGCGUGUGGAGUACUUCGGCUCACCUGAUGAAAUCCCCUGGGCGUGCCUGUGUGGUGUGGCCGGCCUCUUACUAGCUUUCAACAUCCUGGUAAACUUCGGAAUCGCAAUAACAUACCCCACCUUGAUUUCCCUGGGCAUCGUCCUUAGUGUCCCUGUUAAUGCCAUGGUGGACCUGUAUACCUGUGAGAUCCAUUUCAACACAGUUCGUCUGAUCGCCGUCUUUAUUAUCUGCCUGGGCUUCCUGAUGCUGCUGUUGCCAGAGGACUGGGACCAGGGCCUGAUCCAGCUUGCCACCAAGCUGCGCAAGAGGGACCAGCCAGCAGAGGGCAGUGUGGAGGCGGGGACCAGCUCAGGACUCAACUGGAGCCGUAGAGCCCGGACCUCUAUGUCCACAUUUGCCCACUGACCCCGCCCCUAAUUCCACACCCGAGCCACACCCUGCUGAGUCCACCUUUCUAUCUCUGCUGUCAUCCUUCAACCAAUCACCCAAUCAAUCCAAUAAAGACUGAUACCGCUCUAUUACUCUACCAAAACGAAGCAAAAAAGCACAGGUCUUACUCUUUAUAACAUAAAAUCGCUGGGUCCCUUUUUCUUUCUUUUUUUUACAUUUUAUAUGCAACAUAUCUAUCCUCUGCUCUAUGGAGGUGUACAGACUUUGUGCAUGAGGUUUCAUUUUCUCAUUUUUUUCUUUUCUGAUUUUUUAAAACCAUCCACCAAAGUAUACUCAUCACUAGGCUUUUUUUUCUGUGAGAGUUAUUUUUUUGUCCUUUCAGAAGACUGCGUCCAGCACUCACUCUGAGAAUAACUGUCAUGUGCACCACAUCGCAGGGGCAUUUUAACGAGGACUCUGCAAUAAACACAAAGGGAGUGAAAACGUGUAUCAAAAACAAGCUGACAAAUGAAUGGUUGGACUUGGAGAGAAUGUUCUUACCUUUCAGAUCCAAAGAAGAAUGACUUAUUUGAUUUUCUUUUUUUUUUUGUCCCUUUGGUGAAAACUUGAUGGCGAGAAAAUGCCUUUAGUGCACUGUAUAUAUUUUGCACCAUAGUGGGUCUACUGCAGUGCUGAAGGUGGUAGAUCCUUGGCACACAGGGAUACGACUCGUUAAAAGAUACAUGCAUUUUAAGUGAGGCACAUUUAGUGGCAGAUCAAAUUCCGAUGGGUUGCGGCCAGCAACUGGGCCAUUUAUUACCAUUAAGAUUUGCCUGGCAUGAGAAAUUUCCCAGCAGGCAGAGUUGAGUCAUGCCGAUGGAUCUCAGAGUGAGCCGCACCGGGCAGAAUGCGUGUCAGAUCGGCAUCGUUUUCACGUCUUCUUAACGAAAUCAAAAUUAAUCAGCAAUCAUUGCUCCUUGGCCAAAAACCUUGCUGGGGGGAGCUAAGAGAUUUGACUUUUUCUUCCACUCCGCCAGUUAUUUUCAGUGCAAAUGCUGACGGAAGUGUUCUUUGGCAUCAGGUCAGUUUGUAGGCGAGAAGCGGAAAACUAAUAUAAUGCGUAAUAAUGAUAAUAAUCACCACAAUAAUCCACCCGGUAACACGUUCAGGGGAUACUCACUGUGGCAACGUGUCUUCACAUCAUCCUGAGGGGGCUUUGAACUGGUGUGACAAUGACUUUCAACCUGGGACAAUUAACCAUCAAAAAACUGAACCGGGAGCCGCACCUGUUCUGUGAAAACAGCCACAGCAGUGGGACCUCUGCUUUGAACAGAGGUGGCAGAAGAGGCAGGUCUCCUGUUUAUAUAAGCAAACAUAAUGUAAUUUCAGCCUUUCGUAAGUUCUGUUCUUUCACCAGUAUCAAUGUUUGAGCAGUUGUGAUCACUGUGAUGACACGGUGUGCUGGGGUCACUGAUGUACGACUGUGAAACGGGAAGGGGCUGUCUCCAGUGUGGAUUGCGUCACGUGUCCCCUGUGGUCCUCAGGGGGUUAAAGGGAACUGCGUUUGGUUGCUACGUCCACCAAGUUGUGAAUGUAUGACCCUCCACAUUAACUCUGAACGUUCUUUUAGAGGAAACACGGGCUCUCCAAUCACCACCCAAAUACAAACUGGUACAAAUACGGUAUUUAUUUUGUUAUAUUUUAUCUUUGGUUGUUGCUCUUUUCUUAGCAAUUUUUCUUCCCCCACUGAUCUGGAGGACGGUGAGACGGGAGAGAGCAUGCGACAACGACCGGACAAAACUGCGCAGUUCAUUUUUUUGCCUUUUGGUUUGCAA